GAUAAAUUAAAAAUGCUUCUGAUCAAAUGUUGAUUUGUGUUUCAAUCGGCUAUUGACUGCCCCUCGGGGUGGCUCUAUGCCGGCGAGGCACGUGUCGCCCUGUGGCAGCACCAGAAAGCGUCCACGAGAUUGGUUCCGGCGGUCUUCCUCGGGCUCGGGCAAACAAUUCUCCGCUACCCAAAGCUUAACGAUCGCUGUCGAUUGCAGUCCUGACUCGUGAUGAUCCGAAGAAUAAGCCCUGCGCAUCAACGACGUUAGUGGUCGCUGGAAUUUGCUCCGAACGUGGCCCGCGCAGAGAUGAGUCCAUCUCUUCAUCGAAGAUCUACUGGGGUCCUUAAUUUUUCAGUGCAAUGUGCGAAAACAAUUGAAAGAAGCAACGAAGGUCCUUGAAACACCAGCACCAAAUCACUUACUCGGUGCUCAUGGCUCUGCUUUCCUUUAUAGAGGGCAAAGGAGUGCGCCAGCCUCUUUUGCAAGACCUGCAUGGGGUUUGGAAUGGUGAUCCUUGUAAGUUGGGUCGAACGACGGACGUGAUUGAAAUGGUUAAAUCGAGGCCCACAAUUUGGAAGCUCACUCGAUUCUUCUCGAGCUUUUGGUGGUGGUGGUGGUGGUGUAAUUCCUCCGAUGUUGUGGAAGUCCUUGCAUAUCCCAGAUUCUUCGACUAUUGUUCCACCUGAGAAGUGCGUGAAGGACACGCUUUUAGUGACUUCGUGUCGUGGGGAACCAAAAUUGAACAGAUGGCGAGUUAGACCUUACAACUUCCUAUGUUUUCUGGCGUCUUCGUCGGCCUCGUGAAGAAGUUUUCGGGAGGUUCAAAGAGAGCUGUUGCGACUGAGCGAAAACUCUAGGCUUACGAGAUGGAUUAGUUUAGCCCUUUCCGAUCUCGAAGCGGAGCAUGACAAACUAACCGAGUUCGAGACAACCGAACCUCUGAGUCUCAGCUGAGUCCACUGGAAGUGCAGGGGAAGUGGUCAAUUGCUUGACUCCGAGCACGAUAAGAUUGUUUUCCGUUCCCCAAACCCAAUGAAUGGAGCCACUCCGAAUUCCUCCAUAUUUGUCUCAUUUCCUGUGUAAUGGACUUCGACUUUUUAUAUAUUCUCGUCCUUUUG